GUUUGCUUGCCUCAAGAACGGAAAGCUGACGGGAGCAGUGACGGUCCUCUUCUACCUAUGAUUGUCAUCAAGCUUUCUCUAUUGACGUUUCUUCUUCUGAUUCGGUUGGUAUCCAGAACAGACAGGAAGAGAGUUCCAUGACUCAGUCUUCGCUGAUUAAGAUCCCCAGAAUGUGAGUCCACGUCCCCAUUUGCCGGAAUCGUAAUGCGGCACCGCACGCGCCGUUCGUCCGGGACAUCCUUGGGACCUCAGGGCUCUCUUUCUCACCGUGACCGUGUGGUAGUCGGUCCCUACCAAAGCCGGAAGUUGUUCCUGCAUCCAAUGGCGGCUGCUGAUUGGCUAGUUGCCAUCUUUCCACGAUCCAGCGCAACCGUGGAGGUGGAUGGCGCGAACGGCGAUUUCCAUGCCCAGAAUCCCAUGACACUUCCUUGCAUGGGAAAACCCAACAACCAAAGGUAUGCCGCUGCUUCUAGCCCCGCUCCAGCCCCUUCCGUCUCGAAAUUCCUCGGCGUUUGCCGACGCAGGACCAAGAGAAGGCAGUGGGCGAUAUAUUGACGUUGAC